GCGGAUGCUGCCACCAGUUUCCUCCGUGCGGCCCGUUCAGGGAACCUGGACAAGGCUCUGGACCACAUCAAGAAUGGAAUAGACAUCAACACAUCCAAUCAGAAUGGGCUCAACGGUUUGCAUCUGGCCUCUAAAGAAGGACACGUCAAGAUGGUCCUGGGGCUACUACACGCUGGCAUUGUCCUGGAGACCACAACUAAGAAAGGGAACACUGCCCUCCAUAUCGCUGCGUUGGCAGGCCAGGAGAGAGUGGUGGCUGAGCUUGUCAACUAUGGAGCCAACGUCAAUUCCCAGUCACAGAAAGGCUUCAGUCCCCUAUACAUGGCUGCACAAGAGAACCACUUAGAUGUAGUAAAGUUUCUGCUAGAGAACGGAGCCAAUCAGAGCCUUCCAACAGAGGAUGGGUUCACGCCACUGGCGGUGGCUCUUCAGCAGGGUCAUGAGAACGUAGUGGCCCUGCUCAUCAACUACGGCACCAAGGGCAAGGUCCGUCUGCCCGCCUUGCACAUCGCUGCACGCAACGACGACACACGCACUGCCGCAGUGCUGCUGCAGAACGACCCUAACCCUGACGUCCUCAGCAAGACUGGCUUCACUCCUCUCCACAUUGCGGCUCACUAUGAGAACCUGAGUGUGGCCCAACUGCUAAUAAACAGAGGUGCCAAUGUCAACUUUACUCCCAAGAAUGGUAUCACCCCCCUACACAUAGCCUCCAGGAGGGGUAAUGCGAUCAUGGUUCGACUUUUGCUGGACAGAGGGGCCCAGAUAGACGCCAUGACCAAGGAUGAGCUGACCCCUCUGCACUGUGCGGCCAGGAACGGUCAUGUCAGGAUCAUCGAUCUCCUGCUGGACCUGGGGGCUCCCAUCCAUGCCAAGACCAAGAAUGGCCUGUCCCCCAUCCACAUGGCAGCCCAGGGAGACCACAUGGACUGUGUGAGGCAGCUCCUCCAGUACAACGCCGAGAUCGAUGACAUCACGCUGGACCACCUGACCCCUCUACACGUGGCAGCCCACUGUGGUCACCACCGCAUGGCCAAAGUGCUGCUGGACAAGGGGGCCAAGGCCAACGCACGUGCACUGAAUGGGUUUACUCCCCUCCACAUUGCCUGUAAGAAGAACCACAUGCGCUCCAUGGACCUUCUGCUGAAACACUCUGCCUCCCUGGAGGCCGUCACAGAGUCUGGUCUGACUCCUCUUCAUGUAGCAGCCUUCAUGGGGCACCUGAACAUUGUGAAGAACCUGCUCCAUAGAGGAGCUUCACCCAACGCCUCCAAUGUGAAAGUGGAGACGCCCCUCCACAUGGCAUCCAGGGCAGGCCACUGUGAGGUGGCUCUGUUCCUGUUGCAGAACACAGCACAGGUGGAUGCCAAGGCUAAGGAUGACCAGACCCCUCUCCACUGUGCGGCCCGUAUGGGACAUAAGGAGCUGGUCAAGCUGCUCCUAGAGCACAAGGCCAAUCCCGACUCUGCUACCACCGCUGGCCACACCCCCUUACACAUCGCCGCCCGCGAGGGACACACCCACACCAGCCGCAUCCUCCUGGACGGGGCGGCCCAACAAACCAAGAUGACAAAGAAAGGCUUCACUCCUCUCCAUGUGGCCUGUAAGUAUGGCAAGGUGGAUGUGGUUGAGCUGCUGCUGGAGAGAGGAGCCAACCCCAACGCGGCUGGAAAGAAUGGCCUGACUCCUUUACAUGUGGCCGUCCAUCACAACAAUCUGGAGGUGGCCAAGCUGCUGGUUAGCAAGGGAGGCAACGCACACAGCACUGCCAGGAAUGGCUACACUCCCCUGCACAUUGCAGCCAAGCAGAACCAGGUGGAGGUGGCUGGCUGCCUGCUGCAGUACGGAGCCUCUGCCAACGCUGAGUCCCUCCAGGGGGUCACGCCCCUCCACCUGGCCUCCCAGGAGGGCCGGCCGGACAUGGUGGCCCUGCUCAUCUCCAAACAGGCUAACGUCAACCUGGGGAACAAGAAUGGACUGACCCCUCUGCACCUGGUGGCCCAGGAAGGUCACGUAGGGAUAGCAGACACCUUGGUCAAACAGGGGGCAUCAGUCUACGCAGCCUCACGGAUGGGCUACACAGCGCUUCACGUGGCCUGUCACUAUGGCAACAUCAAGAUGGUGAAGUUCCUCCUGCAGCAGCAGGCUCAUGUGAACAGCAAGACCAGAGUGGGCUACACUCCCCUGCAUCAGGCCGCCCAGCAGGGUCAUACUGACAUCGUUACCCUGCUGCUCAAACACGGAGCCCAGCCCAACGACAUCACCACUAAUGGGACUUCUCCUCUGGGCAUCGCCAAGCGUCUGGGCUACAUCUCUGUCAUUGAUGUGCUGAAGUUGGUCACAGAGGAGGCUGUUUCCGUGAUCACCACAGAGAAACAUCGGAUGAGUUUCCCUGAGACAGUGGAUGAGAUAUUGGACGUUUCAGAGGAUGAGGGCAUUGCAGCGCUAACAUUAGGUGAUGAGUUGCUGGGGAUGGAUGGUGCUCGCCACCUGAAGCUUGACGACCUCAAGGACCAGGAUGAUGAAUUCCUGUCCCCUAAGAAGACCCUGAGAGACUUUGAGGGUGGACUGGGUACCACGCCAUACUCUCCUGCUAUUCCCAGAAUCCCAUGCGUAUCCCCUGAGACCGUCCUGCUGGAGGGGCACACCCCUGUCCCCCUGCCUAAGGACUAUGAUGAGGACUCUCUGAUCCCCAGCAGUCCUGCUACAGAGACCUCUGACAACGUCAGCCCAGUGGCCAGCCCUAUACACACAGGAUUCCUGGUCAGUUUCAUGGUGGAUGCCCGGGGGGGCUCCAUGCGUGGCAGCAGACACCACGGGCUGCGUGUCAUCAUCCCCCCUCGGACCUGUGCAGCCCCUACCCGUAUCACCUGUCGUCUGGUCAAACCCCAGAAACUCACCACCCCUCCCCCGCUAGUGGAGGGAGAGGGCCUGGCCAGCCGUAUCAUCUCCCUGGGGCCCUCCAGUAUGCAGUUCUUAGAGCCAGUGAUAGUGGAGAUUCCGCACUUUGCUGCUCUGGGUCGAGGGGACCGGGAGCUGGUGGUUCUGCGCAGUGAGAACGGCUCUGUCUGGAAGGAGCAUCGCAAUCGCUAUGGCGACGAGGUGCUGGAGACCAUUUUGAAUGGCAUGGAUGAAGACCUGGAGAGUCACGAGGAGUUGGAGAAGAAGAGAAUCCGCCGAAUCAUCUCCACUGACUUCCCCCUCUACUUCGCUGUGGUGUCCCGCGUCCAGCAGGAGAGCGACCUGAUUGGCCCAGAGGGAGGUCAGCUGACCAGUAACCUGGUCCCUGAUGUCCAGGCCAUCUUCCCUGAGACAGCGGUCACCAAGAGAGUUCGGCUGGGGCUGCAGGCUCAGCCGAUCCCAGACGAGCUGCUGACUCAACAGUUUGGUAACCAAGCGACCUUCAGUCCAGUGGUCACGGUAGAGCCACGACGACGCAAGUUCCACCGGCCAAUCGGAUUACGUAUCCCACUGCCCCCUUCUUGGAGGGAGAGUCCACGUGACGCUGGGGAGGGGGACACCACCAGCCUGCGCCUACUCUGCAGUGUCAUUGGUGGAACAGCACCUGCCCAAUGGGAGGAUAUAACUGGCACCACCAAGCUGAUGUACGCCAACAACUGCGCCAACUUCACCACCAACGUCUCCGCAAGGUUCUGGCUGGCAGACUGCCCUCGCACGGCCGAGGCGGUGACCUUCGCCAACCUGCUGUACCGGGAGCUGAUGGCAGUGCCCUACAUGGCCAAGUUUGUGAUAUUCGCAAAAAUGAACGAGGCGCGCGAGGGCCGCCUACGCUGCUACUGCAUGACCGAUGACAAAAUGGACAAAACCCUGGAGCUGCAUGAGAACUUCAGCGAGGUGGCACGGAGCAGGGAUAUAGAGGUGAUGGAGGGCAUGCCGCUGCACCUGGAGUGCUCUGGGAACCUGGUGCCUGUGAGGAAGGCCACUCAGCAGCCACGUAGCUUCAGCUUCCAAGCCUUCAGAGACAACAGACUGCCUGUCUCGGUCAAGGUUAGAGACAGCAAUAAGGAGGCAUCUGGGUUCCUUUCUUUCCUACGGACGUCUACCAAGUAUGAGGACUCCCAGCAUGUGCUGUGUAACCUCAACAUCACCAUGCCACCCUGUGUCAAGGUUGUGGGGAGUGAGGAGCGCAGGCGAACUCUGACCCCACUGGCCCUGAGGGAGCGCUACAGCAUGCUGAACGAGCCCGGUCUCGUGAAUGCCAUGGAGAGGACAGAGCUCAAGAUCUCCCUCAUAUCUGAACAGCUGGGCUUGAGCUGGGCAGAGUUGGCGCGGGAGCUGCAUUUUGGUGUGGAUGACAUUAACAGAAUCAGGGUGGAGAAUCCUAACUCCCUCCUGGACCAGAGUUCAGCCCUACUCAACCUGUGGGCCGGCCGCGAGGGCAAGAGGGCCAAGAUGGAGAGUGUGUAUGGGGCUCUCAAAAACAUUGACCGUUCAGACAUUGUGAGUUCAGUGGAGAGCCAGCCACAGGCAGAGGCCGGGGCCUCAGAGGAUGGGGCCUGCAGACUGGCCAACAGCGACUCCACCCUGCUCUCCCCCAGUGUUAUCAAUGAGAUCACGGACACAGGUCGUCCACCUGUAGUCUACAAGCCACGAGUUAUAAGGCACCCAUUUUUCAGAAGGGGUUACGGGCUGGUGCAGGAGGAGCUGCUCUCCCCGGCCUCCUUGCAGUACAGCCUGCCAUCUCCACUGGGUGCUGAGCCCUACUGGCAGGAGGUCUCCAGCCUGGAGUGUGCCCCAAUCGCCACCACCGAAGAAGACAUCCUGAUGGAAAUGUCUGACGUGCAGGUGUGGCCCUCGGGGGUCAGCCCCUCCCUGGUCACAGUGGAGGACUCAUCCCUGGAUGGCAGCAGCCGGGCUGAUGACUCAGAGGGGGCCACCCUAACCCUUCCCUUCAGCCUGGGGCGCCCCAGCAGUGGGGCAAGCUGGGCCAGUGGCUCCAUCAUGGGGCUGGAGGAGGAAGAGGAAGGGGAGGUAGAAGAGGUGCGGCAGGAGCCAGCAGACAGGGACAGGGUGAGGGCCAGUGGUGCGGUGCCAAAGGUCAACCUGAAUGGCCAGCUGGGAGGUCAGAGGUCGGAGGGCAGGAGGGUGGAGGUAGCAGCAUCAGUGGCGGGCAGCAGUGUGACUGGAGGAGGAGGAGUAGGGCAGAGUUCAGAGGAAGGGCUUUCUGUUGUUUCAGGACAGCAGGUCUAUGCCCAGCUGUGUGAGAUGUCAGGACUGAGCCGAACCAUGGAGCACAACGGAGACAACAGGGUGUUGGGAGGAAGUGCAUUCCAGCCAUACCUACCCGACAAGGACUCCCUGCAUGGCUGGGCGGGGUUGCAGACACCCAGGCUGCCCCGGCAGAGUGUGGAGACGCUGAUAUUGUUACCAGGGUCACGCGAAGCCCAGGAGGCUAUCUUAACGCCGAUUAAUGUUGAUAAAGAGGACUGUGCUGUUGAGUUUCUGGCUGAGGAGCAGUUUGUGGACGAACAUGGAAAAGUCAUCGCUAGAAAUGUGGGGGUGGAUGUGAGGAAGGGUGCUCAGUCAGUGAAGCGCACCAGUCUGCGGAGAGUAAAUCACUGAAACACACAUACCCAGUCCUCAAGGACACGACAUCCACUGCCAAACUAUCCUCCACAAACACAAAGUCAGGUAACAGAGGGAAAUGAGGAAAAGAUUGAGAGGAGAAGAAGAGGGAAUGAAGACUGAUAGAAAGACUAAGAUCUGCAAACAACAAAUACAAACACAAAAUCAUCUGCAGAACGACCCUGGAGUUCCACAGCAAGAGGAAAAGAGACAGAGAUCUACUUGUAGUUUUGUAACAGUUUUUUUUAAGAAAAAGAUACUAAACUAGAGUAGAGCAUGAUUUUUUUUUCUAUGAAAAACAUGACAAAAUCCACCCCCCAAAAAAAUGCAACUAAAAAGUGCUUCCUGUCAACUGUAACCGCAUGAUUGACUGAUGGUGCAUGACCUUUGAACUGUCAUUAUCUACAAACUGAAGGGGUACAAGGUACACGGCCGACCCAGGACUGGGUCAGGGGUGAGUUUAAGGAUACCUUUUCCCCCAAAAGGGAGUGGUUUGUGUAAGUAAGCAAGUUGAGUCUGGUAACACUACAGUCAAAAAAGUGAAGUAUUUUUUCCCCACAACUGAUUCGUACGAUACAGCGAAGCCAAUGCUGAGCCUACCAAUGCUUCAUUUACUUGGACCCUAUUUCCCUGUUAUUCUAUGUGAUAUAUUCUCUAUGCUUUGUGGAUGUGUGUCUGUGUGUGUACCUUUACUGCUCGUGUUCUCUCGCUUCAGGCACUGAGAAUUGUCCUGGUUGGUCGGUGCUCCUGUGAUGUCACGGCGUGCUCAGUGUGGGAAUGAGAAAACCACUGUUCUCCCCUGCUCGUGAGCGUCUGUCUGCUUGUGCCGUCUUUCCUUUGUGAAUGCGCUUCUUGUGUUUCUUUAGUGUUGUCAACCCCAGUUCCAUGUUGUCUAACUUUGAUAGGGAAUCACUUUCUCCCCCUGUUUUACUCAGACAAAGUUUUUCUUCUUCAGAUAUGGUUAGUUGAUUGAUAGCAUUGUGUGGCAGCCAGUGGACUCUACGAUUCUUACCCAACACAUCCCUGAUUUACAGUAGCAUGAUGUGCCCUUCCCCUCAUACCACCCUCGCCUCUGAUACGUUGACACCACACUCCUCUCCAUCAACUCCUGUAGCUCCAACUUAUGUCCCUAGCCUAUCAGCUUCAACCUUUGCUCUCUCUCUCUCUCUUUUUCUCUCAUCCUCUCUGUUUGCUUUGGCUGUAGCACCUCAUGGCUUUGUUCUUUUAUGGUUCACAUUAGAUUGCGCUUUCGGUUUUAGGGGGUGAAGAAGAUAGGGGCAGAAUGAACAGUGUGGAUAAUCAUAUUUAUGGGAACGAGAUGGAGGUAUAUGUGGAAGUUUGGAUUAGAUUCUAGAGACUGGCGUAGCUAAUCAAGUAAGGACAUACUGACAGUUAGCACUGUGACCGCCCAACUUAACACUGACCCCUGAGCCCAUGUACCUUGUACUGUGAACUUUCACACACCUCAUACAUGCAUACAUACAAACACACACAUAACCAUUAUACACACUCGCACAUAUCACUAAUACACACAUGCACAUACAGUAAUUGAUCUAUUGUGCCCUAGUGAUUAUGAGAAGCCAGGUCAGGCUCAGAUGAUGUACUUUGGUAUCUGCCACAGCAAUAAUAUCCGACAAGGAGAACACAGAGGGAUAUAUACAGUUGAAGUAUGAAGUUAACAUACACUUAAGUUGGAAUCAUUAACUUGUUUUUCAACCACUCCACACAUUUCUUGUAGAUUAUUUCACUUAUAAUUCACUGUAUCACAAUUCCAGUGGGACAGAAAUGUACAUACACUAAGUUGACUGUGCCUUUAAACAGCUUCGAAAAUUCCAGAAGAUUUAGAAGCUUCUGAUAGGCUAAUUAACGUCAUUUGAGUCAAUUGGAGGUGUACCUGUAGAUGUAUUUCAAGGCCUACCUUCAAACUCAAUGCCUCUUUGCUUGACAUCAUGGGAAAAUUGAAAGAAAUCAGCCAAAACCUCAGAAAACAAAUUGUCGACCUCCACAAGUCUGGUUCAUCCUUGGGAGCAAUUUCCAAACAUCUGAAUUUAACAUGUCCAUUUGUACAAACAAUAGUACGCAAGUAGAAACACCAUGGAAUCACGCAGCCGUCAUACCGCUCAGGAAGUAGACGCGUUCUGUCUGCUAGAGAUGAACGUACUUUGGCGCAAAAAGUGCAAAUCAAUCCCAGAACAACAGCAAAGGACCUUGUGAAUAUGCUGGAGGAAACAGGUACAAAAGUAUCUAUAUCCACAGUAAAACGAGUCCUAUAUCAACAUAACCUGAAAAGCUGCUCAGCAAGGAAGACGCUUCUGCUCCAAAACAGACUAUGGUUUGCAACAGCACAUGGGGACAAAGAUCGUACUUUUUGGAGAAAUGUCCUCUGGUCUGAUGAAACAAACAUAGAACAGACCAUUGUUAUGUUUGGAGGAAAAAGGGGGAGGCUUGUAGCCUAAGAACACCAUCCCAACCGUGAAGCAAGGGGGUGGCAGCAUCAUGUUGUGGGGGUGCUUUUUGCUGCAGGAGGGACUGGUGCACUUCACAAAAUAGAUGGCUUCAUGAGGAAGGAUAAGUAUGUGGAUACAUUGAAGCAACAUCUCAAGACAUCAGUCAGGAAGUUAAAGCUUGGCCGCAAAUGGGUCUUCCAAAUGGACAAUGACCCCAAGCACACUUCCAAAGUUGUGGCAAAAUGGCUUAACCUCUCUAGGGUAUGUGCAUCCCACCUGGCCAACACCCGGUGAGAUUGCAGAGUGCCAAAUUCAAAUACAGAAAUACUCAUUAUAAAAAUUCAGAAAAUAAAACAUAUUUUACAUAGGUUUAAAGAUUAACUUCUUGUGAAUCCAACCACAGUGUCAGAUUUUUAAAAUGCUUUUCAGCGAAAGCAUACCUUACAAUUAUUUGAGAACAUAGCCCAGCAGACAAAUCAUUACAAACAGUAACCAGCCAAGUAGAAGAGUUACACGAGUCAGAAAUAGAGAUAAAAUUAAUCCCUUACCUUUGAUGACCUUCAUAUGGUUGCACUCAGAAGACAUUCAUUUACUCAAUAAAUGUUCCUUUUGUUCGAUAAAGUCUCUUUAUAUCCAAAAACCUCAGUUUUGUUCGCACGUUUUCUUCAGUAAUUCACAGGCUCAAAUGCAGUCAAAACAGGUAGACAAAAAAAUCCAAAUUGAAUCCGUAAAGUUCAUAGAAACAUGUCAAACGAUGUUUAUAUUCAAUCCUCUGGUUGCUUGUUUUUAGCCGAAAUAAUCGAUAAUAUUUCAACCGGACAAUAACGUUGUCAAUAUAAAAGGUAAACAAGAAAGGCACUCUCUCUGGUACGCGCAUGAAAAAGCUCUGUGACACGGCAGGGUCCACUCAUUCAGACUGUUCUUACUCCCUCAUUUUUCAGAAUACAAGCCUGAAACCAUUUCUAAAGACUGUUGACAUCUAGAGGAAGGCAUAGGAACUGCAAGUCCUAAGUCAAUGGAUACUGUAAUGGCAUUGAAUAGAAAACUAGAAAACCAACAAACAAAAAACUACUUCCUGAAUGGAUUUUUCUCAGGUUUUUGCCUGCCAAAUCAGUUCUGUUAUACUCACAGACACUAUUUUGACAGUUUUGGAAACUCUAGAGUGUUUUCUAUCCACAUCUAUAUGCAUAUCAUAUCUUCUGGGCCCGAGUAGCAGGCAGUUUAAUUUGGGCAUGCUUUUCAUCCAAAAUUCAGAAUGCUGCCCCUUACCCUAGAGAAGUUAAGGACACCAAAGUCAAGGUAUUGAAGUGGCCAUCACAAAGCCCUGACCGCAAUCUUAUAGAAAAUAUGUGGGCAGAACUAAAAAAGCAUGUGUGAGCAAGGAGGCCGACACACCUGACUCAGUUACACCAGCUCUGUCAGGAGGAAUGGGCCAAAAUUCACCCAACUUAUUGUGGGAAGCUAGUGGAAGGCUACCCGAAACAUUUGACCCAAGUAAAAAAAUGUAAAGGCAAUGCUACCAAAUACUAAUUGAGUGUAUGUAAACUUCUGACCCACUGGGAAUAUGAUGAAAGAAAUUAAACCUGAAAUAAAUCCUUCUCUCUACUAAUAUUCUGACAUUUCACAUUCUUAAAAUAAAGUGGUGAUCCUAACUGACCUAAGACAGGGUAUUUUGAUAGGAUUAAAUGUCAGGAAUUGUGAAAAACUGAGUUUAAUUGUAUUUGUCUAAGGUGUAUGUAAACUUCCGACUUCAACUGUAUAUACAGUAUACUGUGUGUGUGUGUGUGUGUGUGUGUGUGUGUGUGUGUGCAUAUAUAUAUAUGUGUGUGUGUGUGUGUGUGUGUGUGUGUGUGUGUGUGUGUGUGUGUGUGUGUGUGUGUGUGUGUGUGUGUGUGUGUGUGUGUGUGUGUGUGUGUGUGUGUGUGUGCCAGUCAUUUUGAACACGCCUACUCAUUCAAGGGCUUUUCUUUAUUUGUACUAGUUUUUACAUUGUAGAAUAAUAGUGAAGACAUCAAAACUAUGAAAUAAAAUAACACAUAUAGAAUCAUGUAGUAACCAAAGUGUUCAACAAAUAAAAAUAUAUUUUUGAUUUUACAUUCUUCAAAGUAGCCACCCUUUGCCUUGAUGAAAGCUUUGCACACUCUUGACAUUCUCUCAACCUGCUUCACCUGGAAUGCUUUUCCAACAGUCUUGAAGGAGUUCCCACAUAUGCUGAGCACUUGUUGGCUGGUUUUCCUUCACACUGCGGUCCAACUCAACCCAAACCAUCUCAAUUGGGUUGAGUUCAGCUGAUUGUGGAGGCCAGGUAAUCUGAUGCAGCACUACAUCCCUCUCCUUCUUGGUCAAAUAACCCUUACACAGCCUGGAGGUGUGCUGGGUCCUUGUUCUGUAAAAAAAAAAAAAUUAUAGUCCCACUAACGGUAACCAGAUGGGAUGGCAUAUUGCUGCAGAAUGCUGGUUAAGUGUGCUUCGAAUUCUAAAUCAAUCUCAGACAGUGUCGCCAGCAAAGCACCAUCACACCUCCUCCUCCAUGCUUCAUGGUGGGAACUACACACGCGGAGAUCAUCCAUUAACCUACUCUGCUUCUAACAAAAACAUGACGGUUGGAACCAAAAAUCUCAAAUUUAGACUAAUCAGACCAAAGGACAGAUUUCCAUCGGUCUAAUGUCCAUUGCUCGUGUUUCUUGGCCCAAGCAAGUAUCUUCUUCUUAUUCGUUCCCUUUUAGUAGUGGUUUCUUUGCAGCAUUUCGACCAUAAAGGCCUGAUUCACGCAGUCUCCUCUGAACAGUAGAUGUUGAGAUGUGUCUGUUACUUGAAUUCUGUGAAGCAUUUAUUUGGGCUGCAAUUUCUGAGGCUGGUAACUCUAAUGAACAUGUCCUCUGCAGCAGAGGUAACUCUGGAUCUUCCUUUCCUCUGGCGGUCCUCUUGAGAGCCAGAUUCAUCAUAGCGCUUGAUGGUUUUUGCGACUGCACUUGAAGUUCUUGAGAUUUUCCGUAUUGACUGACCUUCAUGUCUUAAAGUAACAAUGGACUGUCGUUUCUCUUUGCUUAUUUGACCUGUUCUUGCCAUAAUAUGGACUUGGUCUUUUACCAAAUAGGGCUAUCUUCUGUAUACCACCCCUAUCUUGUCACAACACAACGGAUUGGCUCAAAUGCAUUAAGAAGGAAAGACAUUUCACAAAUUAACUUUUAACAAGGUGCACUUGUUAAUUGAAAUGCAUUCCAGGUGACUACCUCAUGAAACUGGUUCAGAGAAUGCCAUGGGUGUGCAAAGCUGUCAUCAAGUCAAAGGGUGGCUACUUUUAUUUUUUGGUUACUACAUAAUUCCAAAGUGUUAUUUCAUAGUUUAUUCCAAAGUGUUAUUUCAUAGUCUAUUAUUCUACAAUAAAGAGAAAUAAAAAAAUAAAGAUAAACCAUUGAAUGAGUCGGUGUGUCCAAACCUUUGACUGGUACUGUAUAUACAGUAUGCGUAUGGUGGUUGGGUGGGUGUUCUGUAUAUGCACAUUAUGGUAGCAUUAACAGCAUUUCUCUCUAUUGCAUGUAUACAAAAGGUACAAGACUGUAUGCAAAUGGUUUUCCCCUCACAAAUGUGAUCCUUUCAAUGUAUUCACCAAUGUCAUUCAACAACGGCGUCUCCUUAGUUGCAUUGAUGUUGAUGUAUUAGUGUGGUGGCACUCCCACCUGGUGUCGUAAAGAGGUAUCACAGACUACAUAACGGUUGUAUGGGGGAAAAGGGGAAUACUUUAGGAAAUGGGAAAGGAAAAGGAAAGGGGGAUACCAAGUCAGUUGUACAACUGAAUGCAUUCAAUUGAAAUGUGUCUUCCGCAUUUAACCCAACCCCUCUGAAUCAGAAAAUGGUUUGGUCCAGCACUUAACGUAGCAGAUAUUAUCCAGGAUAUGCUAACUUCAUCUAUUGCAUCUUGGGAAUGAAUUUCUCGUGGUAGCACUCAUUUACUGAGACAAAUAUAAUAUGUAUCAUAACCACUGUAGCUGGAGUAAAAAAAUACACUGAAUUUGGUAUUUCUAUUUAUUAUGGAUCCCCAUUAGCUGCUGCCAAGGUAGCAGCUACUCUUCCUGGAGUCCAGCAAAAUGAAGGCAGUUAUAUACAAUUAAUAUUAUUACAUUACAUUUCACAACAUAUUUCUCAACAAGUGUGUGCCCUCAGGCCACUACUGUACUACCACAUAUCUUCAACACAAAAUCAAUGUGUACAUGUGUGUAUAGUGCAUAUGUUAUGUGUGUGUGUCUCUUCACAGUCCCUGCGGUUCCAGUUUUCAUUUUUUUAAAUCAGAUUUUACUGCAUGCACGAGUUACUUGUAGAAUAGAGUUCCAUGUAGGACUGACACUAUGUAGUACUGUUCACCUCCCAUAGUCUGUUCUGCCUCUGGUGGCAUGUCCCUCUUUGUGGCACCUGACCACACGACUGGACAGUAGUCCAGGUGCGACAAAACUGUAGCCUGUAGGACCUGCCUUGUUGAUAGCGACAUUUGUGUAAGUGUCGUACAUGUUGAAUGCCCUUAUGCCCUUCUCUAUAUGCAUGCUGAAAAUCUGUUGUUACUGUGAAAUAGCAUUGUAUCUGGUCGAACACUAUUUUUUUCAAAAGUUUACAAAGGUCGGUAAUAGGCUGAUUGGUCAGCUAUUUGAGCCAUUAAAGGGUGCUUUGCUAUUCUUGGGUAGCGGAAU